AUGGAUGCUAAGAGGUGGUUGCUAACAGUAGUUUAUGCCAGUCCAUGUUCUAAUGUGAGAACUUCUCUUUGGAAGUAUUUUGAUGGGUUGGCUGCUGUUUGUAAUUUACCUUGGUUGUUGAUUGGGGAUUUUAAUGAUAUUGUUUGUGGUGAUGAGAAGCUUGGUGGUAAUUUGGAUGUUGGUGGUCAGCAUUUUAUUGAGUGGCUUGAUAGGAAUCAUCUUAUUGAUUUGGGUUUUUCUGGCUCUAAUUUUACCUGGUGUAAUAAAAGGGGUGAAAAGGAUAUUAUUUGGAAACUGCUUGAUAGAGGUCUCUAUAAUAUUGAUUGGAGAUUCUUGUUUUCUGAAGCUCACCUUUCUCACCUUCCGAGAGUGAAUUCUGAUCAUUGUCCUAUCAUGGUUAAGUUCUUUUCCAACCAUCUUCCUGCUACAGAAUCUAUGCCUUUCAGAUUCCAAGCAAUGUGGUUAAGUCAUCCUAGGUUUUCUGAGUUCCUUUCUGGUUUGUGGAAUUCUGGUACGGGAAAUGCUUUUAAGAAGUCUGCUAGUCUUAUUUGGCCUCUUCAACGUUGGAAUAAACAGGUGUUUGUAUGUCUUUUUCAAAAGAAAAGAAGGAUUUUGGCUCGGUUUGCUGGUAUUCAAAGAAGCUUAUGUAUGCAGUUUAAUCAUUUCCUUAGUCAGUUGGAAACUGAUUUGACUACAGAGCAUAAUCGCAUCCUUGAUCAAGAAGAGGUUUUUUGGUUGCAAAAAUCUAGAAACACUUGGCUUAAGGAAGGGCUGUUUAGUGAGCCUACUUUAUCUGGUGAGUAUUCUUUACUUCCCCAGUAUUUUCCUGAGCUUGAGCACUUUGAUUGUACAAGGUUAAAUGGUGAGGUUUCUGAUGUGGAGAUUCAAAGUAGUUUAUUUGCUAUUGGUGGAUUGAAAACGUCUGGCCCUGACAGAGCUUCUCUUCUUGAGCACCUUAAUGAUACUUUAAUUGCUUUGGUUCCUAAGGUUGAAAGGCCUCUUAAUAUGGCUCAACUUAGGCCUAUUAGUUUAUGUAAUACUCUCUAUAAAGUGGUUUCUAAGAUUUUAGUUUCUAGGCUUCGUCCUAUUAUGACUAAAAUUGUUAGCCCCACUCAAGUCAGUUUUGUGCCAGGGAGACAUAUUGUUGAUAAUAUUGUGAUUGCUCAGGAGAUGCUUCAUAAGUUCAAGGUUGCUAAAGGUCAAAAGGGUUUUAUUGCUUGGAAAAUUGAUCUUUCCAAGGCCUAUGAUCGUUUAAGUUGGUCUUUUAUUAGAGAGAAUAUUGCCUCUAUUAGUGGUUCUCCUUUAUCUGAUAACCUUGGUAAGUAUCUUGGAGUUCCCUUAAUUCACACUAGAGUUACCAAAGAUACUUAUCAGGAAAUUAUUGAUAAAGUCCAAAAAUGCCUAUCUUCCUGGAAAAGCCACACUUUGUCAAUGGCUGGCAGGCUCACAUUAUUGCAAUCAGUCGCCUCAGCUAUUCCUAUUUAUUCUAUGCAAACUGCUAUGUUGCCUGCUUCUGUUUGGUCCAAGUUGGAUCAGUUAAAUAAGAAUUUUCUUUGGGGGCAUGCCUUUGAUAAGGUUAAGGUGCAUCUUGUGAACUGGGAAAUUGUGUGUAAGUCUAAAUGUGAUGGUGGUUUGGGAGUGAAAAAGGCUACUUGGAUGAAUCAAGCUUUAUUGGCUAAAUUCGGUUGGAGACUUCUUCAUAAUGACCAAGGGCUUUGGGCCAAAGUUCUUAAGGCUAAAUAUUUAAAAAACUGUGAUAUGUUGUCUGUUAAUGAGCAUAAGUUUCGUAAUUGCUCUAGCAGCUGGAGGGGUGUGUUAUUUGGUGCUAAGCUUCUUCCCUCUGAUGUUAAAUAG